ACUCCGCUUCAAUUUUCAAAGCACCCCGUGCGGCAAUCAUGGGUAGAAAGCCUUGCUGCGACAAAGCCCACACCAACAGAGGUUCCUGGAGCAAAGAGGAAGACGACCGCCUCAUCCACUACAUCCGUCUUAAUGGCCACGGAUCCUGGCGAUCUCUUCCCAAAGCCGCUGGAUUACUCCGAUGCGGCAAGAGUUGUCGGCUUCGGUGGAUAAACUACCUUCGGCCUGAUAUCAAGCGCGGAAACUUCGCCAUAGAUGAAGACGAACUCAUCAUCAAACUUCACAAAUUACUAGGAAACAGGUGGUCGCUGAUAGCGGGGCGAUUGCCCGGAAGAACAGACAACGAGAUCAAAAACCACUGGAACACUCACAUCAGGCGGAAGCUCAUCAGGGGCGGAAUCAAUCCAAAGACUCAUCAGCCAACCAAACCAAUCACCACCGAAGAAACAAAUUGCAGCAGCGCUUUGACCACCACCAGAACCGACAACACUGAGAAGCCACAACAGCCUCCACCGAAGCAGCAACCAAAUCAAUUCCCCGGGGAAGAGGAAGAGCACAUCAACCUCGAGCUCACCCUCGCGCUUUUUCCGACUCCAUCGGAGUCUACUGCGGAAUCGAAGCUGCGGCGGACUACUACGCCAGAUGGCCCCGAUGAAGGUACACGUGUUUGCGUGGGUAGCUGCCAACUGAGAAGUGAAGAUUCUAAUAAUGGCCAAAAAUGCUACACUCAAUUCGUUAAUUUGACUUUGUAAACCAAACUCUGAUGCUGAGGUGAUAAGACAGGUAGGAAGGAUUUAGAGUGUUUGGUAGGUGGGAAAUUUUGCAUGCAUUUUGAAUCCCGUAUUUUAAUAAAUUUGACUCCUGACUUGGGGACUUUUGGGGAUAAUGUUGUAAAGUAAUGCUU